AUGGAGCUGAUGUGUAUUAAUGAUGCUUCUGAUGGAUGGUGGCCGCGCUAUCAUCAAUCAUACUCUGGAUUAGCUGACGUCACUAACGAGGGGCGAAUUCCGCCCGAGGUCACAAGGCCAUGUGAACUCAGCAGUGGCUGUCAAAGAACAUUCCAGAAUUCAUCUCUGCCUCGGAUUGGCUCUCAGGAAGCCCUGAUCUCAACCCACUAG